UAAUUUGUGAACAUUAUCAUAAGUAUUUUCCUCAUAAAUAUUCUGUAUUUACUUGAUAUUAUUUAAUUUACUGUUUGUGAAUAAUUGUGAAAGUAAGACCUUUAUUCAGAAUAUAUAUUAUUGAUUGACUGUAUUGAUAUGACUGUACCUUAUAUCUUUGCCACAAUGUACUACAAUUAUUGACAUUUAAAAAUAAAAAUAAACAAUAGUGUUGAAAGAUCAAUGUUAUUAAAUAACAUAAUUAUCACAUUGCAUGGAAAAGUAAAAAAAAGUAAAAGUAGCAUCUGAAAGUUUCUGUUCUCUUGGCUACCAGCUUUUGGCAAUUUAUUAAAUUAUUUAGUAAGCCCAUAACAUUAUUAAGUUAUUUUAAGCCCAUAACAUUUAUAGCAGUUAUGAAGUUUAACCUUUAAUUUUAUUAUUAACUAUUUCUCUUCUUUUUGUUGUUGUUGUUGUUAUUGUUGCAAGAUUCAAUGUACUUAUCCUUUUUAGUAGGUAAAACUUUAAUUUUACACAAUGUCUCAGCAUUCAGAAAAAGAGUGUAUUGACGCUAGCACAACAAAUAUUGAUCUUUGCACAUCUCCUUUAAAUAAGUUUGUAUGGAAUAUGGCUAACACAAGAGUAUUAUUAGAUUUAUGGAAAGAUAAUUACAAAGCAUUAACAUCUGCAAGAAGAAACACAAAUAUUUACAAACAAAUGGCAGCUGAAUUUUGAAACACAUUUAAUAUCGUACCUCCGUUAACUGGAUAUCAAAUUCAAUCUAAAAUUAGUAAUUUGAGGAAGCAAUUUAGACGAGAAAAACUUCAAGUUGGUUCAUCGGGAGGAGCUCCUAGUAAAUGGUGGCCUUACGAUAUUGUUGCCAAAAUAAUAGGUGGUGAAGCUUCCCUUGACAAUGACCUUUUAUCUCAAAGUCAAAACUUUUCUACUCAAGAUUUUCAAGGUGAUUGCCAGAAUGGAAGAUGGCAAGGAGACUGUCAGUAUUUUAAAUAUUGAAGCUCUGGAUGAUACAAGUGAUGUGCAAUCAAUUGUCACUAUUCCUGAUGAGGAACUAACUCAAUCUACAUCCAGCUGCAAUAAACGAAGGAACUCUGAUGAUAAAAAAACUUUGAAUAAAAUAGCAAAAACUGAACCGGUGAGAAAAAAUAAAAAAACAAAUUUGUCUUCUGAAUAUUUAAAAAUAGAAAAUAAAAAUCUAGAUGUUCAAAUCCGUUCACAAGAGCUACGAAUCAGAGAGGUUGUUGGUUUAGAGCGUAUUUGCGAUGCAAUUGAAAAUGCAUCUAAAGCCCAAGUAGAUGUGUCUAAAGCCCAAGUAGAAUAUUAUAAAUUUUUAAUAAAAAAAUAAGGUGUUCUAUUAGUCAA